AACGACAAGUCUGAGUGUUGUCUCAAGGGGAAAUGUGACUCGGUGUUCUCCAUCACAUGCUAAAAUAAGGUACAGUACGCCAUCAAGUCCCAGAAAAGCAGUGCUUAAAAGACAGGCCACUAACCCGCAUCGUGCCGCAUCCCACAUCCCACCAACCAGCCUAAUUUGCUCCCUUCCCCUUCGGUCUCUAAUAAGACCCUCCGACCCUGCGCUGUCAAAGCACCUGCACAUCAACGAUUGCUUGCAUUGACUAUCAGCGAGCCCUUCUUUAAAGACCCAGAAGUCAUCACUUUUCCCCGUCUGUUGUCGCUUAGAGUUCGAUCUCUCUACCCACCUGUUCUCCACCUGUCACCCGACAAUCAUCCAACUCCUUCUGCCAACAAACGAACACCUGCCCGCACUCUCUUCCCGCCGUCCCAAGAACAGAACCUCAUUCGUCUGCAAGAAAAGAAGAUGCUGUUUGACCGGUAACCAUGACAGAAAACGCAGAGGCGACCAGGAUGUCUACCCCACCAAACGGCCAACCUCCUACGAAUCAUCCAGCUUCUCCUGCUGCGACAGCCCACACUACCCACCAUGGUCACGAGGGCACCUUUGUCCGACCAUCAGAUUUACUACGCCCAAGAACUGCAUCUAGACCAAAAGCUCCUCCGAAGCCAGAGCGACCUAUAGACCGAGAUGAAAGAACUGGACUGAAAGCCAUUCGAGAUUUCCUCAGAGUGCGCAAUUGCUAUGAAGUUUUGCCAUUGAGUUUCAGGCUCAUUGAGCUUGAUGUUGGCCUUACGGUAAAAGAGAGCCUGAAUAUUAUGGUUCAGUGCAAUAUUGUCUCUGCGCCUUUAUGGGACUCCUCAACUUCCACCUAUGCGGGCCUGCUUACCGUCAACGAUUAUCUGAAUGUCGUGCGAUACUACAAUUUACAAGCCGACAAACUGAAGGACGUUGACAAACUCUUGCUCUCCGAUUUAAAAGAGGUCGAGAAAUUCCUAAAUGUUAAACCUCCCGAGACCGUAUCCGCCUCACCGGAAGCAAUCUUGUACGAUGCGCUACGGAAACAGUUACUGUCCAGGGCUCGUCGCAUACCCUUGGUGUCGUAUGAUAGUGACACGCAGAGGACAAUGGUCACCAGCGUCAUCACACAAUACAGAAUCCUCAAAUUCAUUGCGAUGAACGUCAAAGAAACCGAGAUGCUCCGAAAACCGCUGGAAAUGAUCAAGCUCGGAACGUACGGAAACAUUGUGCGCUGUAGCAUGGACACAACGGUUCUGGAUGUCAUUGACGAAAUGGUGGUCAAGAACAUUUCUAGUGUUCCUGUGGUAACGACAGAAGGCGUCUUGCUCAAUGUCUUUGAAGCCGUCGAUGUUAUUGAAAUUCUCAAGACUGGCGACUAUGGCAACCUUACCUGGACGGUUGGCAAGGCUCUUUCUGCGCGAUCGCCUACCCAUCCCGGGAUAUACUGCUGCUCGUUAGAGGAUGGUCUGGACACCAUUUUCGACACGAUCAGGAAGUCGCGCGUUCAUCGAUUGAUGAUCGUGGACGAGAACAACUACCUUAAGGGGGUUUUAUCUCUCGGUGACAUUCUACAUUAUAUUCUGGUUGAAGGGCAGGAAGACGCACAAUCAUGACAAGCAGCACAUUGGGACAGCAUAGCCUGGCGUUUACUGGGGGCAGACAGACUGGCGUUAUUUGAUUUGUGAGAACCAGAUACGAUACUCAUAGAACGCGCUGGAUACAAUUGGGCUAAUGUCAAAGAUUGGAUCGGGAGGAAAACCGUACAAAAAGAGGUAGCCGUUAGUAUUCAGGUUGCCUUCUGCGACAACGUUCCCGAUAUAGUGUCGCCGCACGUGUUGUAAGUCGAAGACAUUGAAAGCAAGGCCGAACAAUGGGUCGAAGUUCUUGCACUAGCUACAAUAUACUCUCCCGUAGAAUGGAACUACG